CGCUAUGAUGACAGCUGCAUCAAGACAUCACAAGUGCCGGACUGCCUAGUGCCAGUGUGCCACUAGUUGGCCGUAACUAAAUUUGGCACUUAGGAGCCUCUCUAUGCGAUAGUUCAAGUUCUUUAUUAGUGAAAAUUGUUACUUUUAUUCAAUUGUAUAGACGUCAAAACUGAAAAGAAGCAUAUAAGAAAGCCAAACUAAAACGUUCACAUGCUCGCCUACUCCACUUGCGUUUCAUAUUAAUAUAGUUUCCAUCAAUAGAAAAAACAAUCGCUAACUUAUCCCUCUACUGAGAAAAGCUCAGAUGAGGAGCGGCAGGUGGUCGCCACAUCUAUUGUAAACAUCAUAAUUGAGUUAAGAUAGAAACAAUUGUUGAUCUCUCUCUGUCAAGGUUACCUGUAUGUCACUAUAAUAAAAAUGACAACUCACCUUCAAAUGCAACUUUCGAGCGUUUUAGGAGAUAAAGUAAAGUGUCUUGCGGAAAUAAAGAAAACAUUUGUGCGUCCAUUGAUACAAUUGGCAGUAAAAACAAUAGAACUUGAAUAUGUUGAAGAAGGUAUAUUGGAACGAAUAAGCAAGAAAUAUAAUAUACCUGAAAAAGAUGUAGAUGAAUAUUAUGCUGCUAUUUACACAAUUUUACAAAUAUAUUUACGUUCACAAUACUACGUUAUUAAGCCUUUAGAAUUCAAGCAAUGCUUAGAGGAAUUAAAAUUGUCACCAGAUUGUAUAGAAGAUUUAUCUUCUGUGAUUUAUGGUCCAAAACGAUCAAAUCUGUUAUCAGGCUUAAUUCAGAGGACGACGUUUAAUCCACAAUUGAUAUCCUGCAGAUGGCGUGUGGAUAUUACCAUCUCUUCCAACAUAUUAAAUAGAGUCUUAGAACCAAAUAUCGUGAUGGAAUGGAUGUAUAAUACAGGCGAACGCGUAACGUUUGAAUUAUCCUUGGCAAAGUUUCACCAGCUAAGGCAUGCCAUAGCUACUAUUCUCGUUGAAUUGCAAGCAUUACAGCGUCACAACAUCAACAAAACUAUCCAAUUCAGUUAACAGUAACAAUUACUGAAGAUAAUAUCGACAUACAGAUAUAUAACACAAGAUAUACUGUGUAACAAUUUCCAUUAAUCUUUUUAAUAUGUGAAGAUAUUUAAUGAUAAUUUCUAUAUAUUUUGUUGUUUUGUAAUAUAUAUCAUAGAUUCAAAUCAUCUUAGAAAUUUAUUAAAUUUCUUAAAUGGAUUACUUAAAUGUUAACUAUGUUUCAUAAAUGUAUUAAUGCAUACUGGAUUUGAAAAUUUCUAAUUACUGCAGAGACAAUAUAAUUGAUAAUAUAAUA